UCAAGGUGGAUAGGUCUGCUACAGUACGUAGGAUAGUAUCUGGUUCCUUCCCUGUCCUGCUAUUGGUGGGGACAAAGCCGAUAGACGAAUCGACAUACUGGAGGACAGACAAACAUCCGAACAGAGAAACAGUGACGCAUAAAGGCAGACGGACAUACGGACAGACAGACAGACAGACAGACAGACAGACAGACAGACAGACAGAGAGAGAAACAGUGACGCAUAAAGGCAGACGGACAGACGGACAUACGGACAGACGGACAGACAGACAGACAGUGACGCAUAAAGCAGACGGACAGAGAAACAGUGACGCAUAAAGGCAGACGGACAGACGGACAGACGGACAGACCGAACCACCCGACACACCGACAGACUGACAAAUCUUCACAUUGACAAAUCUUCACAAUUGACUGACCGACUGAAGACAGAUAGGCCUCACUAGUGUCAUGUCUCCUGCUGAGAGGCUGAGUGUGCUCCUCUUCCUAGCUGGGUUCUUCGGGGGCUUGGGGGCCCUGUCCCUGAUGCUGUCCUUUGGGACAGACUACUGGCUGCUGGCCUUGGAGACCUGUGGCCCUGGGGGGCAUCAGAGACCUGUGGCCCUGGGGGCCCUCAGACCUGGGGAGGGGGAGAUGGAGCAUCAGGACUCUGUGACAUUCUUCCACCAGGGAUUCUUCUGGAGGUGCUCCUUCAGUGGGAGGAGAGAGGAGAACAUGAUGUGGAACUUCUGGAUCACCAAUCAACCACACCAAAAGGUCUGUGUGCCUGCCUACCUCUUCCCAUUUGAUGCUUCUGAGCAAAGCACGGAUUACCAGGCACCUGACACUGCAGUCUACAGGGCCUUCUGGAGCAUCUUCCUUCUCGUGGGCGUGGUCACUCUUAUUAUUGGUGGGUUUGUCAUCAUCUGUGCCUCUCCAUUGGCCAGCCACAGGCUCUACAAAGUAGGCGGGGCACUCUUGCUCACUGGAGGUCUAUGUCUCCUGGUUGUAAUAAUGAUGUAUGUAGUCUGGACCCAGGUACUGGACGCUCUGGAGGACUACGCUGCCCAGCAACAACAGUCCUCUCAGUGUCCAACAGUCUACCACCUCAACGUCCAAUACGGCCUCUCCUUCCUGUUUGCUCCGGUCUCCGUCUUCUUCUCCCUGCUGGCAGCACUGCUCUUCAUCCUGAUUGGACGAACAGUGCGGAGGUGCCAUCACAAAGUGCCAAUGUAGUGACUGAGGGGGGAAACAUCCAGAGAGGAAGUUGGGAAUGAACAGUGACUCCAGUGCCAUAAAGGCCCAGACCUCCAUGUUCAGUCUAUAACAAGAGCCAGUAGUGACUGACACCAUGGUCAAGUCUUUGGCUCUCACAGAGUAAUACAGAUGGACCAUAUUAAAUACAUUUGGAAUAAUCAACUGUGAUGAGCUUUGAAUAAAAAGGCUACAGUCUCA